AUGCCGGACAACGAACUUAUCGCCGCUUACAAGAGCGUGCCCAUCGUCACUAGGUCAAUGCUCACCGCCACCAUCCUCAUCUCCCUCGGGGUCACCGUCCACAUCAUCCCCUACAGCCUCAUCUACCUCGACUGGUCCUCAAUCCUCUACCGCUUCCACAUCCAUAGGCUAUUCACACCGUUCUUUAUCACCGGUGUCAACUUUACAAUGCUCUUUGAUCUCUACUUUCUGUUCACAUACGGAUCCCAGCUCGAGAACUCGACCUUUGCAGGCCGGUCUGCGGACUUUGCCUGGUUCAUCAUCUUCACCUCCCUCGUUUCAUCCAUCGUUGCGCACUACAUGAGGAUUGCGUUCUUGUUCCAGUCGCUGCUGCUCUCAGUGAUCUAUCUCUGGUCGCAGGCAAACUCUGACAGGAUAGUCUCUUUCAUGUUUGGUAUCCAGUUCAAGGCGGUGUAUUUCCCAUGGGUGCUGGUGGCGUACAAUGCGGUGAUGCAGGGUGCGGCGAUCCCCUGGGAGAUGCUGAUUGGGAUAGCAUCGGCCCAUGUGUACUACUUUCUUGACUCUGUGUAUCCAGCCAUGGGCGGGCCGAGGCUAAUCCCUACGCCAAGGCUGCUGUACAGAGUGCUGCCUGCGCAGGAGGUUGCCGGGGCAGGAUUCACAGGGGAAGGAAACACGGCGAACGUGUUCCGGACAGGACAGCAGGGCGGCACGGCAACGGAGAACACGGCAGGCCACCGCUGGGGCUCUGGCAACCGCCUUGGCUGA